AUGGAGUCCCGGAGUCCAGAAGAGAUACUAGAGGUUCUGGUCAUUGACCGAUACAUGAGGGGACUACCGCCAGACCUUCAUGCCUCAGUAAGCCAGAACAAACCCAACACCUAUGACGAGGUUGUUGCACUGGUAGAAAGUAAUGGCGGAGUUAACAGUCAAUAUGCCUUCACCACCGCACUGCCCCAUGGCACCUGCAGCAACCCCCAGGAUGUGGCCACCUAUCUGCACAAGCACCAGCUAAAAGCGAUGAGAGAGAUGAUUCGCCCGUUUGGUGCCCUGUACAACCCGCCCAGCGGGAACAUCGUGGCCACCCGGCCAAAGGAAGUGAUUAAACCGCGUGGGAAAUACACGGAGCACAGUGAGUGGCAUCUGCUCUCCAGCCCAAACAGCCUUGUGGCCCAGCUCACAGCCAGGACCUACGGCCAGAACAGCUGCCUGAUCUUAUUCACCUUCAAUUCACCCUGCUCCACCAAGUAUCUGCGCGAGGCCGGGCGCUCCAACAUCAUGGGGAUGACUAGCGCUGCCUUCUCGGCCAUCGACAACAACUUCAAGGCCUUCGUGUUCCAGAAGAUCUUCGACUAUGACAUGAAGCCUGAAGUGACCCGCCAGGCCCUGCUGCAGGCCUAGCACCGGCUGCGCGAUGUGCCCCUGCUGCGCUGCGACAAUAACGGCUGCUAGGACUGUGCCGGGGAUGAUACGCCCAACCCCUGCCUGGCUGGGCAGAUAUAGACAGUGGAGCGGGGCUGGGAACUGAGUGCGGCUCUUUCUGCCACUGGCCUCCCCCACUGCCCUGCACUUCUGGCUUGCUGAGUAUAAUAGAAACACAUCCCAACCAGGCACCAAACUCCAAUCCAGAACCCCUCUGAUGUGUGCCCUAAUCUAGAACCCCAUCGCUGGGAGUGCUCCAGUGUAAAACCCCAUCCCCAUCUCUGGUUGUACACCAGCCUAGGAGCCCAUCCCUGGGUGUGCUCCAGUCUGUGAUCUAGAAGCUCGUCCCUUUCCCCAAGUGUGCUCCAAUCCAGUCUAGAAGCCAUUUUCUUGAUGUGGACGUGACUUUGCCUUUCCACACAGUGUCUGGCCAUUGACCCCCGAGGUGUCAUAAAGUUUCCUCAGGGCUGUUUGUGGUGUGUCCAGCCCAGAGACAAAACUUACCAAGGUUUGCACUGAUCUGGGAUCAGGAGGAAGCUCUCAGAGAGCCAAUAUUCAAAUAUCCAUCCUGUUCCCUUCCCCCUGUGGCCAGCAGCCCCCGCCCUAAAGCCUCUCCCAGUCAGUCGGGCCAGCAGGAAAGCAGCCCGGCCCUUCCCAGCUGCCUGUGGAAGUGCUCUAAAAACCCUGUCUGGGAGCCUGUCAUACCAGGUGUGGGUGUGAGCAACAGUCAGCAGAGACACGGACCCUUCACCACUCACUGUGGAGCCCCAGGUGCCGGGAUGGAUGCCCAGGGCUGGACUCCUGCUGCUGCCCCUUCUCCUCUGCUUUGGGCCAGAGACCGCCAGGAGCAUCAAUCCAGCUGCGCUCAGAGAGAUUGUGGAUUAUGUGAACCAG